AUUCCCCUUCAGACCUGCGAGAAAAAGAAAAAAAUAACUCCAACAAGAAUCACAAAAGCUAUUAUCUUCAUCACCAAAGGCAGGUCUCUCUGAGCUUAUUCUUUUUCCCCAUGGACAUGAAGAAGAUCUCCUGCGCUGUCAUUGUCGCUGCCGCCUCCAUGAGCGCAGUCUUAGCCUCCACUGAUAACGCCCCAGCCGCUGCCCCUGGCCCGGCCGCCAGCGCCGCAUCCUCAGCCCUGCCUGUCCUUGGUUCCUUGGUUGGGGCCUCGCUUGUAUCUUUCUUCGCUUACUGCCUGCAGUAACCCAAUAAAUCUAUGAAAAGCAUACAAGUGUUGAAGAAGAAAAUGGAGGAUUAUAAUAAUGUACACUAAUUAGUAGCUCAAUUUGAUUACUUGGGUUCAAUUGGUUGAAGAUUCUCUCUUCACUUCAUUUGUUGACAAAUUGAAUUCCUUGCGCAUCUUUGCAAUAAAAGAUUCUCUGUACGUUAUCUAUUUCUGAAAAUUGAGCAUAUUAUACUUCAAUUAUGUUA